CACAAGCUAGCUAGAAGCAAAGACCUCUUGCAUAGCUUACCGGCGAGUAAAUUCAGAGCUUACAAACAAAUUCAGUUGCCAUGGCGGCCGGCGGUAAGGUGACCGGAGGGCGGCUGGCGCUGGUGGCGGCGCUGCUGUGCGCGGCGGCAGCCAUGGCGGCGGCGCAGCAGGCGUCCGGCGUGCGCGCGACCUACAACUACUACCGCCCGCAGAACAUCAACUGGGACCUCAACGCCGCCAGCGCGUACUGCGCCACCUGGGACGCCGGCAAGUCCUACGCCUGGCGCAGCAAGUACGGCUGGACCGCCUUCUGCGGGCCCGCCGGCCCCACCGGCCAGGCCUCGUGCGGGCAGUGCCUCCUGGUGACCAACUCGGCGACGGGCGCGUCGACGACGGUGAGGAUCGUGGACCAGUGCAGCAACGGCGGGCUCGACCUGGACUACGACACGGCCUUCAGCAAGAUCGACAACGGGCAGGGUGUCAACGAUGGCCACCUCACCGUCAGCUACCAGUUCGUCGAUUGCGGCGAACCCCGCGAGUAGCAGCAGCACAUACAGCGUUGCUGUUCCAAGAAUUAUGUAAUAACCCCACACGGCUACACGUACAUUGCGGAUGAAUAAGUAGUGGGCGCGGUCCAAUGCAAGCAUUAUUGUUGUCGAAUAAUUAAUGGAAUAAAAUGUUAUAUCAAAAUAUUUGUCAAUAUUAACUUUUGAUCACGACGUUUGACUA